GGACGGACGGACGGACGGACGAGUGGAGAAAUUCUGACGUCGUCGAAUGGGAAUUGCAGGUGAGUUAGAUAUCGAAUAUUCAUUCUUCGGUGAUAUCUCGAUCCGCUUCUCUGUUGUUUUCUUUGAUUCUGGAACGACGUUCUUGCUAUCCGAAAGGCAAAACAGCUUCCGCGUCGACACGAGAGUCGCGGAGGAAAGCACACCGUCGUCGGCCGCGGAAGUGUUGUAGUAGCAGAGAAGCGGAAGGAGUAGGAGUUCUGUAGGUAGUAAUGGCAGGUACAUGUCUUCAUUGUCGUUAUCCUUGUGCUCCUCCUCGUCCUCCUCCUCCUCCUCCUCUUCCUCCUCGUCGACGUAGUAGUAGUAGUAGUAGUAGUAGUAGUAGUAGUAGUAGAGAUUGUAGUGGGGGGUAGAAUGAAAGGGGCACCAUCCAGAAGAAGUGAAAAGGACCGUGCAAGAAUCUUGCUCCCUCGGCCGCUGGAUCGCUGUCGUUCUUAUAGAGAGGCAGUGAUUUGAGAGGUCGGCGUUGACGGCUGGGGAGGGGGAGAGAGUGGAAACCUGGCGACAUUGGCCCGGUCGAGUACUGUUACUUGGUGCAACCUUACCCUUGUCUAUUCCCUGUGGACCCUCAUCUCUCUGCUCCCCGUGCGCGCCCCUUGGAAUAUUGCGCGCCCACUCAAUUCGUCGAAACUUCCGAGUAGGAGUUUGUUUUCUGGAUCGUCGGGAAUGAAAGAAAUCCCUUUAUAUUCUGACAAGCGCCUGUUAGUUGAUCGUGCGUUUAAUCUAUAGCGACUCCCUGGCAUCGUCAUAAUCUUGCGCUCACCUACACACGCACUUUCCGGGGCAAUCUGCCAUCUGCGGCAGCCGCCAGCAGCUGCUUGAUACUCGUCCCGAAGCUGAGAAAGUAGCUGUGCAGAGACACAAACAAAACGGUGACGAUCGUUAUCAUCGGCAUAGCUUCAAUCUCUCUUCAGAAUCUCUAUCGUCCCGACCUCAUUGUCAUCGACCGUCAUCAUCAUUAUCAUCGUCAUCGACGACAUCCACUAGUACAGAUUCCGAAAGCAGGAUGUCAUUCGAUCGCCAGGAAAAUCCACAACAUUCAAAAGAACGAAAGAAAAAGAGAGAGAGAGAGAAACUGUGUGAGAGAGAGAGAGAGAGAGAAACUGAGAGAGAGAGAGAGGAUAACGAGCUCCGUCCUAACGUCAUUCCUCAUGCGACUGCAUUCAUACUCGCCCGGCCGCGCCGUUUCCGCCAACGAGGCGGCCGAUGAAGACCCCACACGACUUCGAGCGCACCCAGUAGGACUUUGUCGGCUGGCCGUAAAUGCGACCGAAUACGUUCACGAGAGUAUAAACGUGAGCACGCCCUUACUCCAUGGUGCACGUGGGGGUCCGAUUUCAAACUAUAUAUAUUAUAUCCGUACCUUGGAGAGUGUAAAAGAUCUGCGGAAAGUCACAUUGAUGUCCUUGUGUCCUUUUGCCGUUUGGAACGAGUCAUACAACAUGUCCCUUGUUUUGCCAGUGCUUCAACAUGCACCUACGCUUCCUAUGUCGAUCUCAUUGCUCCCCAUUUUCCGUUCUCAUUUUCCCUCCUCUCCUCUCCUUGUCGAAGAGUGUGAAAUGACUUGCUACAUACUAGGGGGUAGGUAGGGCGGAUGUCUACGUUCCUGGGUACGGGGAAAGAACGCCAACUACCCGUGUCAAUAACUGUGCUCCCCUCUCCUUGUUCCCUUAGUAGGCCCCUUACAGAAGAAGAGCGACGAACUCGGCGUGCUCGUUUCUCCUCCCAGAAGACGUUUGUGGGGAUGCUCGCUUCGCCUCCGAGUCCUUCCUUUUGCGGUGCGGUCGCCGCAUCAUCAACACGCGCAGUGGUAGCUGCCUCUCUUUCUUGUCUUGUGUUGCCUACUCCGUGUCGCCGGGCGUGUCCGUGUUUUGUGCGUGUCUUGGGGGAGAGAGGUGGUGGGGUCUGUGGUUUUGGGUGGGUGGGUUCUCCUCUCCGGCGCGAGUCACACUUGUGCUUGGCGAUGCACACUUCUCUUCACAGGCUCGUCCGAGCCAUGAAUCCGUCCCCCCAUUUUCCCUACUCGUUCCUGAGCUUUCUGCCACCGCGAGCAAGGUCCCACUUGCGCAAAUUAGGAGAUUUCGGCCGUUGAUCUUUGCUAUCUACGGUCAGUUAUUCUCUCUUAAUAAUUCGUGCGAGUGGGACCUUUCUUGCCCCGGACGAGGUGCUGCAGGACCGGGUCAGUAAGUGGUCCCACCACCGACGCUGGUCUUUGCUGCUGCCAUCGACUUUCGUAACCGAUGUACAGAAAUGGACGAUCUCGGUACGUGUGGACCCCACCACGAGGGUCUCCACGGCCCUAUUUGCACACGAAACGCCAAACCGACACUCGACCAAGGGGCAGUGUCCUCUUUGUUUUUUGCUGUGAGCAGCGAGGCGAUCCUCCCCCUUGCUAGAGAAGAAGCCACUCUGCUCUGAAGCCUAUCCGCAGCCCCUCCGAGGUUGGGCUUCGGAAUGCUCUACCGUAAAGCUCCUCCGUAUCUGGGUGCCAGAGACAGACUUAUUCUGCCCAGAGCAUGCUCAUAGUAGUGCUACCGCUCAGAUUGAAUCUGGUCGCCGUCAGGGUCCAGAUGGAUCUCCAUUGAAGUCCAUCAUGCGUGACAAUGCUGUGCUGACGGGAAACAAACCAAGUAGUCGGCCGUUUGGUAGGUUUUGGCGGCCGACUGGUCGUCGUAACGAGUCCUGGGGAGGCCUGCCUCUUACAUACGCGGGGGCUAGGUCCCACUUUCAACUUGAAGUUGCGCGAAUGAAGAGGUACUGACCGUAGAUAGCAAAGAUCAACGGCCGAAAUCUCCUAAUUUCCGCAAGUGGGACCUUGCCCAGGAAGGGAUGUGAGUCACCACCACUCGUCAUUUCAUAAAUCGAAGAAGGAUCUAGUAGUCGGCUCUUUGCUUGCUUGCGGGUGGGCAGCGAAGAAGAGAGAGAGAGAGAGAGAGAGUCAAACCUCCAUAAUUUAUUAUCCAAUUGCACCAGUUUUUUGUUUCUUUUUUGUUUCCUUUUUCUUUCUUUUUCAAUUGAUUGAAACAUCUGCAGGGGGGGGGGGGGGCUGCUCGCCGUUCGGAGGUCGCGAUGGAGCUGUCAGGAGCCUUUGCUUGCUCGAGGGGACACGAGAGCACUGCGACGGUUUUUCUGCAGCGUUGAAUCGGCCGGUGGGUCUACUCGGGUGUCGACUAUGGAAUUCGCUGUGCAUUUGGGGCUGGCGUAGUAGGAGUACACAUUCUUUGCUGUCGACAGAGUUUGCCCGGAUCGCGACUUGGGAGUGUGCUCGCAUCGCUUCUGGCAUCAAGAAGAUGAAGUUUUCGCAAAAAAUCUGAAUGAGGGAGAAGGUAGUGCUGUUGGUCUGCAUUUGAGUUUGAGAUGCCAGAACCUCUCGUGUUACGUGGAUGGAUGGGUGGCGACAGUGCUUCGCUGGAAAAAAACUUCAACAAGUUUAUAUCUGACACAUUCUCAUUCUUUGGUCUUCCCACUUUCCUACUCCUGCUUUCCUUUUGGUUUUUCGCUUUAUAAAUUUCUGAUGUGCCCUCUUUUGGAGCAGAGGGACGCGGAGCUAUUGUACAGAACUAACAUGAUCAUGAUGAUACCGUACCAGUUGUAUCACCAUAAAUCAUCCCGACAUUUGUAUCAUCAUAGAAGAGAUGCUUAAGUGUAGUUGUCAUUGUCCGUCGUCCUCGAUUCUUCCUCUUGCUAUCCUCCUCCUCCUCCUCCUUUUCUUCAUUUUCCUCAUGUUGCUCUUCUGCUUUGUCCUAAUAUGUGCUCUUGUCA